GUGUGUGCGUGUGAAAGAGAGAGAAAGAGAGAGAGAAAGCCGCUGGACUCCAUUAAACCCCGAGGACGCACUUCACGGGACUUUAGUUGGAGCGGUGUUUCAUUUUGGGAAAUACAAAUUUCCUCCAUGCUAGAAUUAAACACGCGUUUGGAAAAGGAACGGUGUUUCAACAGAGCUCUUGAGGAACUUUGAGGCUUCACUUUGAGGUACACGUUCAGAGAGAACUCGUGAAGGAUAUGGCUCUGGAUGGUAUACGGAUGCCUGACGGCUGCUACGCCGAUGGCACUUGGGAAUUGAAGAUGCAUGUGACUGACCUGAACAAGGACGUCUCAUUGAGAGUCACAGGAGAAAUCCACAUUGGUGGAGUCAUGCUGAAGCUCGUCGAGAAACUUGAUGUCAAGAAGGACUGGUCAGACCAUGCACUGUGGUGGGAGAAGAAGAAGACGUGGUUGCUGAAGACUCACUGGACGCUCGAUAAGUAUGGCAUCCAGGCCGAUGCCAGGCUACUUUUCACUCCCCAGCACAAGCUGCUGCGCCUGCAGCUGCCCAACAUGAAGCACAUGAAGGUCAAGGUUAACUUCUCAGACCGUGUCUUCAAGGCUGUGUCGGACAUCUGUAAAACCUUCAAUAUCCGCCACCCUGAGGAGCUGUCCCUGUUGCGCAAGCCUCGUGACCCCAAAAAGAAGAAGAAGAAGCUGGAGGAGUAUGAAGAGGAGGCUCUGGAGCUGGAAGGCCCACUGCUUACUCCGGGAUCAGCCUCUGAGGUCAUAUACAUCGGACCUGUAAAAGGCAGUAUUUAUUCGAGUCCUGGCCUCUACAGCAAGACCAUGACCCCCACCUAUGACUCUCGUGAUGGCAGCCCACUUUCCCCCACCUCAGCCUGGUUUGGGGACAGUCCGUUGUCCGAGGGUAACCCCAGCAUCCUCGCUGUGAGUCAGCCAAUUUCCUCACCUGAUAUACUAGCUAAGCUCUACAAACCACCCUCCCUCCUCGAUAAGGCCAAAAUAAAUCAGGGGUGGCUGGACUCCUCCAGGUCUCUAAUGGAGCAGGAUGUUAAAGAGAAUGAAGUUCUUCUUUUGCGGUUCAAAUAUCAUAGCUUUUUUGAUCUCAACCCCAAGUAUGAUGCCAUCCGGGUUAACCAGCUAUACGAGCAGGCCAAAUGGGCCAUCCUGCUGGAGGAAAUCGAGUGUACUGAGGAAGAGAUGAUGAUGUUUGCGGCCCUCCAGUAUCAUAUCAACAAGCUGUCCAUCAUGUCUUCAGACAAUCACAUGAACAACAGCGAGAAGGAGGUGGAUGAAGUGGACGCUGCACUGUCUGACCUCGAGAUCACCCUUGAGGGAGGAAAGACCUCUAACACAUUGGGUGACAUUACAUCCAUCCCUGAACUGGCUGAUUAUGUGAAAGUCUUUAAGCCAAAGAAACUUACACUGAAAGGACCCAAGCAGUACUGGUGCACAUUCAAGGACAUCACAAUCUCCUGCUACAAGAGCCGCGAGGAGGCCCAUGGCAUACCUGCCCAUCAAAUGAACCUGAGAGGCUGUGAGGUUACCCCAGAUGUAAAUAUUUCUGGUCAGAAAUUUAACAUCAAGUUGUUAAUCCCAGUAGCGGAUGGCAUGAAUGAGAUCUGGCUCCGUUGUGAAAGUGAGAAGCAGUAUGCACAGUGGAUGGCUGCCUGUCGUCUCGCCUCCAAAGGGAAGACAAUGGCAGAUAGCUCCUAUAAUCUAGAGGUUCAGAACAUUCUGUCCUUCUUAAAGAUGCAGCACAUGAACCCAGAUCCUCAGAUUAUUGAACCAAUCACCACAGAUAUCAACCCUGAGUGUCUUGUCUCACCACGAUAUUUGAAGAAGUACAAGAACAAGCAGCCAGGCUAUAUCAGGGACCUGAUCUCUGCUCGCAUCCUAGAGGCCCAUCAAAAUGUGGCUCAGAUGAGUCUCAUCGAAGCCAAAAUGCGCUUCAUUCAGGCCUGGCAAUCACUGCCAGAGUUUGGGAUCACUCACUUCUUGGCCAAGUUCCAAGGCAGUAAACGAGAGGAAUUGAUUGGCAUCACCUACAACAGAUUGAUCCGCAUAGACGCCAGCACCAGAGACGCCAUUAAGACCUGGCGCUUCAGCAACAUGAAGCAGUGGAACGUCAACUGGGAGAUCAAGAUGGUGACCGUGGAGUUUGCUGACGAGCCCAGUCUGUCGUUCACCUGUGCCGAGGUGGACUGUAAGGUGGUGCACGAGUUCAUCGGUGGCUACAUUUUCCUGUCCACGAGGGCCAAGGACCAGAACGAGUCUCUUGAUGAGGAAAUGUUCUACAAGCUCACCAGUGGCUGGGUCUGAGAGCGAGAAGCUCUGAAGGCAGCCAUACAGGGGGGGGGGAUUUUUGUUCAUUUACUGUUGUGUAUGUUUUUAUUUUUUUAAUCAUGCCACAUGUCUGGCCACAGAUAUGUUUGAAAUCUACCAUCUUUUUAUUCUUAUGUUCCUGCCUUAAAGCUUACAAACACCUUUUAAAACACUAAUGAGCUGACUCCGAGGAACAAUGAGAAUGUUCUUCAUCCGCCCAAGGCUUCACCUUCUGCUGACAAAAACGUAUGUUUCUUGAAACAAGCAGCUACUUUUACAAAGACUGCUGCUUCUUGUUGUUUUUCCAGAGUGCUCGGUGUGUGUAGUUACUGCAGUGUUGAAUGGUUUUUCGCCACCUCUAUACACCAUGCAUAGUAGAGGGGCUAAUGUGGCAUCCCUUUUCACCUUGCAUGCUUGUUUUAAAUGUCACUGCUCGGGUUCGGAUUUGGGUUUUUUUUCCCUCCCCAAAGACUUUUAUGGUUGUCAAGGUGCUCAUUUGCCUUUAUUCUUCUGCAGUCCCGAAGCUGCGCCAUUUAUUUUGUACGUCAUAACUUCAAUUUAUAUUCCAUUCACUGUCCAGAUGUUUUUAACACUACCUUUGGCAAAUAGCAGCCAUUUUAUUGAAGGAAAUAUCCAGCACUCACGUAUUGCUCUACAUGAGAUGGGUUUGCAGGGUCCUUUGGGAUCAGUGCCGAACAGAAUACGCAACACUACAGGCAAUUUUACAGCUAAGAAGAGGCUUUUGUUUUAGUGUGAUCUCUUGCCGAGAUAGCAAGCACUUCGACGUUGAAUUAAAGCUCCCCGCAUUAAUAAGCUGUAAGUUUACUUUUCUUGGUCUAAACUCCCGAGUCAGCAUGAGACAGUGUAUUGAUCUUCAGCACUAUAACCAUUAGUCAAUGGCCUUUGGGUCUUUUUUUUUCUUCUCUCAAGUAAACACAUCAGUUUUUCAGGUUUAUUCUUGCAACAAGCAGUUUGAAAUGCGCAUAAACAGGAUGAUGAAGGCCACAUGAUGAAGGAAUUACUCCAGGGAUCUUAACCUGCUUGCUACAGAAUCUCUAAAAUAAAUGACACGUCUUGAAGAAAAUGCUAAUGAAAAGCAGACCUGUGUGCAGUUUUAGGGCCUGUGUGUCAUCUAAGUGAGCACAGCCUCUACCCUUUUAUUCAGUAUGAAGUCGGUAAAGAUGACCUCAGUUGUGCUCUGGAGCCUGCUGGCUCUUGGCUACAAGAAGCACCGUGACGUGUUUUUCAUAUUUUUCUGUACAGCCUUCUCUUUAUUUUUUAUCAUUCACACUAUACCGUAUAGUAUUAUUCUAAGCUGUUAUAUUGUCAUGCACCAGCAAUAGGUCACUGUGGUUUUUUUUUUCCAAUGAAUAUGAAGGAAUGCUAAAUGAAGUAUUAGUUUUUGUAACUAAUGUAAAAACAAUUUUAUAGAAUUGUACAGGUAUUGUUUGUUUUUGUUGCUGCUUUUUUCUGUAAUUUUUUGGAAAUGCAUUUUUUUUCCAGAAGAGAAGGAAAAAAGCCAUCUUUUUGAGCAUUGCUUGGUAUGAUGUGUACCUGCCCAUGUUAAGGUCUUAUUGAGUUUUUAAGAUUAAAAAAAAAUAUAUAUAUAUAUAUAUAAGUAUGUAUAAUGUGAUGAAGCAUGUCUCAAGCUCCAGGUUAAGCUGCUGCACAACACUCACAUCAAAGGGCUUGUUGCAUUUUUCUGUUACUUUUACCUUUCCUUAAAUUAAACACAGUUACUUGUAUGUUACUUUUUGUUUGACGCUUUAGAGGAUUUGAGAGUUAUUUAGUUUUUAUGGUCUUAUUUGUUAGCACACAGGAAUGAAUUAUCUUUCAGCAGCGAUUUUCUUUUCUUUGUCGAUUAUUGCAAGUUACUAGUGAAAUGUUAGAAGCUGUUUAGUAGUGCUCUAUGAAUGUGUUUGGCUAUGAAGGAGAACCAUCGCCCUCUGGAGUUUGAGACAAAUUGUCAUAAAAUGAAGUACAAUAAAAGCUUUUAUUUAGCAUA